AUGCCGCUGACGACCAGCUGGCCGCUGACGGAACCGCAGUCGGCGUACAACGGCACCGACGCGGGCCCGUACGGCAACGGCACCGGCGGCGACAGGGACGCGCUGUACUGCGACGACAUGUCCGGGCACGAGUCGUCGCUGUACCUGAUAUCCAAAAUCCUGUACGUGAUCGUGUGCGUGAUCGGUCUGGUGGGCAACACGCUGGUCAUAUACGUGGUGAUCCGGUUCUCCAAGAUGCAGACGGUGACCAACAUGUACAUCGUCAACCUGGCCAUCGCCGACGAGUGUUUCCUGAUCGGCAUACCGUUCCUGAUCGUCACCAUGUCCAUGGAGUUCUGGCCGUUCGGCAACGUCAUGUGCAAGGUGUACAUGACCACCACCAGCGUCAACCAGUUCACCAGCAGCAUAUUCCUGAUGAUCAUGAGCGCCGACCGGUACAUAGCCAUAUGCCACCCGAUAUCGUCGUCCAAGGUGCGCACCGCGUACGUGUCCAAGAUCGUGUCGGUGACCGCGUGGACGUUCAGCAUCAUACUCAUGAUACCGGUCAUCAUGUACGCCAACACGAUGGACAAGGGCAACGUCAAGAGCUGCAACAUCAUAUGGCCGGAGAACGACCUUUUCAGCGGGCAGACCGCGUUCACGCUCUACUCGUUCGUGCUCGGGUUCGCCAUUCCGCUCAUGCUCAUAUUCGUCUUCUACAUACUGGUCAUAAGGAAGCUGCAAACGGUGGGACCGGUGAACAAGUCGAAGGAGAAGAAGAAGUCGCACCGGAAGGUGACCAAGCUGGUGUUGACGGUGAUCACGGUGUACGUGCUGUGCUGGCUGCCGUACUGGAUCACGCAGGUGGCGCUGAUAUUCACGCCGCCCAAACAGUGCCAGUCCAAGAUCGUCAUCACGAUAUUCCUGUUGGCCGGGUGCCUGAGCUACAGCAACAGCGCCAUGAACCCGAUCCUGUACGCGUUCCUCAGCGACAACUUCAAGAAGAGCUUCCUCAAGGCGUGCACGUGCGCCGCGGGCAAGGACGUGAACGCGGGCCUGCACCAGGAGAACAGCACGUUCCCGCGCCGGAACCGCGGCGGUUCGGAGCGCGGCGGCGGCCGGACCGGAAGGGCCACCACCAUACUGUGCCAGGCGGUCAGCGGCGGUGGCGGCGGUGGCGGCGGCGGCGGCGGCGUGGGCGGUUGCUGCAAGGACGACGACGGCGGGUGCUGCGGCGAGACGGGGCCGCUGGUCAGCCGCGCCGAACUGGUCAGCAAAGAGAACACGUCCACCGCGCUCACCAUGACGAUGACGUCCCGCUCCACGUGCAACGACAAUAACGUGCAACCCGCCCAGCUGUAAAGGGCCGCCAGCCUGUAACAUUUAUUAUUUUUUACUCGUAAUUUCUACGCACUACAUUAUUAUUAUUAUUAUUACUAUAAUAUUAAACAUUAUAAUAUUAUAUAAAAUACCUACCUAUAUAUACCUUUUAUGUUAAAACGUGACGACCUAUUCCUUUUCGUACGAUACAUACGCGAUAAUAUUAUGAUCAUUAAAAAUUUAAAUAGUAAUAGACACGCGCUAGAUGACACAAUUAUAAUAUAGAAGUACCUGUAACGGCUGUAACAUAAUAAUAUUAUGAUAAUAUACAUUAUAUCUGCCUGCCCCUUAGAAAUCGACGUAAAAAAUCAUGUUUAUUCUUUACGCGUAAUAAUAAUUAUUAUUAUUAUUAUUAUUAUAACAAUAUAUUUAACUAAUAAUAGUCAUAACUCACGUGUUACGUACCCUUAUGAUACUGUUAUUUCAUUACUUUAUAUUAAUGUACCUACUGUAAUAGUUGUAUAAUACUUGUAGAUAAUUGCUGCGGUGUUAAAAAAUGUUAGUGGAAACGGUGCUUUCUUUUUUAUUGUUCCUCGUCAUCGUAAUAUUUGUGUAUUACCUUUUGCCCGUUUCUCGAUGAUUGCGAUUUCGAAAUUCUUUAUAAUAUCAUUCUGAUGCCAAAUUUACUACGAUACAGCACACGCGAUGACCACAAAAGCACUUAUAGGUACCCUACACGGCUGUGGGCAUCUUAGGUGUCUUGUAUACAAACCAUAUUACAAGUGCCUACUAUAUUUCUCUCGAACGUUAUCGAGCACGUAUAUACCCAUCAUACUUGACGUAACCAAUGCCCAAUAGACAGUGAUUUCACGAUACAUGUAUCAGUUCGACGCCCUAAUAGUAUAAUCCAUCUCUAAAUACAUAUUAUUAUAUAAAUAGGUAGAAAUGUGCAUGUGUAUCGAAAACGAAAAACUAUUGAAAAAAUUGUUUGCUAAAAUCGAAUAAAAUAACGGAAAUAAAAACAAAAAAAUAACCAAUUACUUUCAAUAUCGAGUAUUCUAUCGUUAUUUCGCUUACCUACCUACCUAUCUAUGGCUGCCUUUAUUAUUACACAAUCUUUUAUGGUGCCUAUGUUUAUACAGACACGCUAUAAUAAAUGGUCUGGCUUAUGAAUUGGCCCCCAACACAAUAACUUAUAACGGACGUUGUACAUUAAUUUUUUUUUCUAUGCUUAACAGAUUAGUGAAUAUAUCUACUGAGUUAUUGAAUUAUGAUAUGAAUUUAAAAAUUUAAUUGACUUAAUUUUCCGCGUACAAAUAUCAAACAAUUUUUACCUACCUACGUCUAACUAUUUUUCGAAAUCCAAUCUCUAAAACAUAACUAUAGAGUUGAUACUUAUAAUUUAUUGAAAUAAAUAAAAAUUAUACUUAGGUACUACAAUUAGAAUAAUAAUAAUAAAUUCACUA